GUGUACAAAGUGUCUCGUGGCUAAUCGUAUCCUAGGGAUUUCCUCAAGAGCUUUCUCCUCCUCGUGCCAGAGAGGAUAAAAAGCUAAUUUCACUCAAGCAUGUUUAGAUUUUCCUCCCGAAAACUCUCAUGAUGCUGCAGCUGUUGACAUUCCUGGUGGAGAAGCUUUCACUUCUCUCCAUAUUCAAACUUUUUGAGUCCAGCUGGUCAGACUGUGACGACCAGGACCAGAAGAGGAAUGCGCAUCGCGGUCAACCACCACCCCUCCGAAGAGGAGACCUGCUUGAGGUCCCCAGGACCAUUUUCACCCACUAUGGCAUAUAUUUAGGUGACAAUAAGGUCGCUCACCUGAUCCCUGACAUCCUCCCCAUGCUUACAAACGACAAGGAGCUCAUCAGUUCUGUCAUUACAAACAAGAGACUCAUCCUUGGCUGCAUCUACAAGUGCGCCACGGUGAGAGUGGACACAUUAGAGGACUUUGCAUAUGGCUCCAACAUACUGGUUAAUCAUUUUGAUAAGAUGAAGAAUCAAGCAUUUCCCAAUGAAGCUGUUGCUAAGAGAGCUGAAAAACUCAUCGGAGCCAUUCCUUAUAGUCUGCUGUGGAAUAACUGUGAACACUUUGCAACAUAUUGCAGAUAUGGAUCUGCAGCGAGCCGGCAAACAGAGAAGUUCUGCGAAUGUGUGAAAUCAAUCAUCAGAGACCAGCGCAGCGUGAUUGUCACAGUCCUUCUUGGAAUUAUCUCCAUGGUAUGUUUCGGCAUGGCACCUUCAACUACAUUACCCACAAUCCUUAUUCCCUUUACUUUGUGGAUGGCUGGUUAA